AUUGUUGCUUUUAAAUACAAUCAAAGUUGCAACAGAAAAAAAAAACAGAGCAAGAAAAAGCUAGAGAAAGAAUCUGAUAAUGAAGGGUCUUCAUUUCCACCUCUUCCUAGUCACCAUGACGGUCGCUGCAUCCAUCUCCGCGGAAACACCAGCCGCUCCGGCGGGCGGAGGAGCAUUGGCUGAGAAAUGUAGCCAAGUUAUUCCAAAGGUAAGUUUGUGUUUGGAUUUCGCGACCGGGAAAGCACCAAAACCGUCUGAGAAGUGUUGUGACGCUAUCGAAGAUAUAAAAGAGAAGGAUCCAAAGUGUUUGUGUUUCUUGGUACAACAAGCGAAGACAGGAGGACAAGCUAUGAAGGAUCUUGGUGUUCAAGAAGCCAAGCUUAUUCAACUUCCAACUGCUUGUCAGCUCCAAAACGCUAGCAUCUCCAAUUGUCCAAAGCUUCUCGGGAUUUCGCCGAGCUCGCCAGACGCAGCAGUAUUCACAAGCAAUGCCACAACAAUGACACCGGAGGCGCCGGCAGGGAAGUCUCCGGCAACUCCAGCGACGUCUGCGGAGAAAGGAGGAUCAGCUUCCAUAAAAGAUGGUCACCUCGUUGUGGCUCUAGCCAUCGCUUUGAUUACCGUCUCCUUCGUCUCGACCUUGCCUAGGAUGGCUUUGGCAUAGACGGUAGCUAAGCACGUGAGGUUUUGCUGAGGCACAUGUGACACUAGGGAUGUAAUUUUUCUUUCUUUAUUAUGUUGUGGUGCUUUUGUUUCAAACUUUCAAGACUUUCUUUUCAAGUAUGUUUCGUGGUUCGAACCAUUUGUUGUAAUGAGUGAACUUUCCCACGUAAUCGGAUCUCUUUCCGCAAAACCCACUGUUAUGUUCUAUAUAUUUGAGUUUUCACA